CCAAAGCUCUGCAGAAUCAAGGUAACAACAAACAAGGAGCUGGUGAUUGAACUUCACUAUGGAAAACAAUGAUGACAGCAUGGACUGUACGGGGAUUAAAGGAGCCGACUCCGAGCGAGAUAUAAUAAAACGCAGAAUAAGUAAACAAGCUUGUGAUGUGUUCAAUGAUCUCCGAGAAUCCGGGGCUCUCUGUGACGUCACCAUUAAGUGUGACGGACGAGAUUUCCACGUCCACCGUAUCAUCAUGUCUGGGUGUAGCCCGUACUUCCGCGCUCUGUUCAGCAACGAUCUCUCGGAGUCUUUUAAGUCAGAAAUCCUCAUCCCGAACGUUUCUGCAGCCGACAUGGAGCUCAUCAUUCAAAAGAUUUAA